AUGUAAUGAUCAGUGUACAUAAAAAAUUACUUUUGGAUUAAUGUGUUAUUGAAAAAAAAAAUUGAUCUUGAUGUUUUUAAUUCUUUAGAAGCAAUUAAAAUCUACCCUGAUUUUGCUAUAAUAUGGUCCCCCUUUGCGAAUGUCAAAGUGAAAGAGAAUACGUUGGGGAGAGUGGAGUCAAUUCUUGGUAAUUUUAGCGCAUUUGGAGCCGUUUCAGUUGAUUUUAGUUACUCUUUAUGAUUAGUAUGUGUUCGCGGUAUUUUUAAUUCACCGUAUAUUACAACAAAACGUACAACUUUAAAAAUUAAAAGUUUUAUUAAAGGUAAAAUACACGGUGAACACAUGUAUAUGUGUCCGAAAACUAAAUAAUCAAUGGAUAUUCCGGACAUUGGCCAAAUAAAAGUGCAACAACCUUGAAAGCGCGAUUCUAGUACAGCCGCUGCGGUGUAUAGAAAUGCACACAUACUACAAAACAACUUAAAUGUAUAUCUGCCUUCUUAAGAAAACAUAAACUUAAUUAACAUUUUCUGUGGGCCGGCUUGAUAUCACACAACAAACACUCCCAAUUUGUCAUCCAAUUGUUUUACCAAAAGUUUACUUUGGACUUUCGGUGUACCACCAGUAAUUGUGUGUAUAGAAAGAGUUAAUCGAUGUGUAAAUAAGUGAUAUAAUAUUAAAGCAUUGAAAGUACAAACCGCCUUAUAAAGGAAAAAAAUCAAAUUCAUUUGAACAUAUAUUUUAUUAGAUUACAUCGGCACCCCAAGCAAAGGCGGUAAUCAUUAUGGCGGAAGCGAAAGUUGAAGAUCUUGGUAAACACCGUGUGCACUUUGAUGCGGACAAUCUAAAGGAUGAUCUCGAAUCGGGACACAGCGUCACCUACGAUCGUUGCGAUGAUGUCAUAUUCAUAAAAUUGGGUUUCCUUCAAGUGAAUCACAGAUACAGGGUCGAUCUUAAAUUACCCGUUUCCUUAUUCGAUAAGGGCACCACAUUUCAUCCUUCCUUGGAGUCGUCGAAUUGCAAUCCAAAUUGCCGCAUAUCGACGUUUGCCGGCGUCAAUCAUCCAGAACAGGAUUAUUUCGAAAUGCAAAUUGAAUUUUUUGCCUACAAGGAAAAUCUGCUACGCGAAAUGGUGAGCAUCGUCAACGCAAAGGACUCGAAGGCAGUGAUUAAGCUGAUGAUCAUAGCGCGUGCGUUGGGCAAAGGCAAAGGUACGCCGCUGUUGCGUAGCGGUAUACAUUGUUUAGGUGAGGAGGACCCAGAAGAGUCGGAGUCUGAUGUUCCACGUUUUGACAAAGGCGACUAAAUAAGAGAAGCAAGCUGCCAAUUAACUCCAUUGAAAUUGUAUUAUACAUCAGAAAUUCUAAAAUCAACAACUAUCUUUGUUAAUGUAUAGCAGACCAUAUGCACCGUUUAAUUAAAACUACGCCAAACAAAACUUUAAAUGCAAAGUAAAAAUUAAAAAAAAAAAAAAAAAUCAUACAUAAACUAAAAUGUUAUUUGUAUAAAUAUAAAUAUAAUAUGUACUUAAGUGUUAAGCAUUUAUGAAAAUGUCCGUAGAGGAAAAUUUAUUAAUUAACGACGCUAUUUAUCAGAAAAUAAAUCUAUUGAAAAAUCUUUUUGUAAUUAGUCAUUAGUGAAAAUUAUGCGUCGAUCGCCUUGUAAUGCAACUUUAUACAUCACCAAAUCUACUAUUAUAUACAUGUACACUUCAAUACAUAUGAACGCAAAUAUACCCACACACCUGCCUAUAAGAAACUUACUUACUUUAAGACAAUGCAAGCGUUUUGUGUGCAAAUCGAAAGUAUUUAUUACUCUGUAGAAAGAAAAAGGGCGAAAUAAUGACGAAAACAAGUCAAGCGUCUCCAUAAGUACUGGAAAAAUGUUAAACAUAGUGCUGUAUUGGAUGAAGGGAAUUCUCUAAUUUGUUGUUAUGAAAUUUGUGCACGUUCGAAAAUUGUUGUAAUUCCAGUAGGGACGGCAAAGCUGCAUUUUAUCUAAACGGAAAUUAAUUGUAUUUGUAAAAUAAUGAUAAUUCUUUAAUAAAAUUUUAAGUUAAAAU